AAUAUGUGGUAUGUGUUUUUACCUUCUGCACAGAUGGCCGCCUUUCCCAUGGACAUAUCAGCUUCAAAAUACAAUGUAUGUAGCGUAAAUUUAAGUCAUCAGUGACUAUACCCCAUUAUAUUGUGUUUGAAUAAGAAACGCCUCAAACCGGGGACUUAAUUUACGGUUCCUGGUAUAACGUGCAGUUAAAAAUAGCCUACGUUGCUAAUUUAGCUUCCAAAACGGAAAUUAUCAAUAGUUGCACUUCAACAAAAACUGUUAACGCACAGUUUAAUAAACCACCGAGUAGGAUGACAUGUCUACGUCUGUAAUGUUGUAAUGUAUAACAGUAGAAUGUACAUCCGCUAUCUGGCUCGGUGAAUCGGGAAUAGACUAUCCUUUGUUUCCAAUCGUAACCCUGUAUUGAUUGGUCGGGAAGUAGCAAGGGGAAGAAGAAAAAAAAACAAAAUGGAUGAAAGUGCUGAAAAUGUUGACAACGACGACAUUGUCAUUAUUGUGGAGAACGAGGCGGAAAGUUUGCCAGCGGAGGAGGAGAGGCUGAAACCGCAAGGCACCUUCGGGCUCAUGGACACCUGUCCCAUCUGCAAGUUGAGCUUCCACAACAGAGAGCCCAAACUCCUGCCGUGUCUUCACUCGUUCUGCAAAAGGUGUCUCCCUGCCCCCUUCAGAAGUGCUGACCCGAGGCGUGAUUCACAAGGUCAAGUCGACAACAAAUCAUUGGGUGCCGUUCGAUGUCCAGUAUGCAGACAGGAAUGCUGGGAGAUGGACAUGCUGGAUAAUUUCUUUGUCAAGGACUCUGUCGAGGUGCCGAGCAGCACCGUGGAGAAAAGCAGCCAGUUGUGUAUCAGCUGCGAUGACAACACCGAGGCAACGGGGUACUGCGUGGAGUGUGUGGAGUUCCUGUGUGUGACGUGUAUUGAGGCCCACCAAAGGGUCAAGUUCACCAGGGAUCACACCAUACGGCAGAAGGAAGAGAUGUCUCCAGAAGCAGUAGGUAUGUCCACACAGAAGCCUGUGUUUUGUGACGUCCACAAGCAGGAGCCCCUGAAGCUGUUUUGUGAGACGUGUGACCGACUCACCUGUCGGGACUGUCAGCUGCUUAAACACAAGGAUCACAACUACCAGUUUUUGGAUGAUGCAUACAGGAACCAUAAGCAUCAUCUGGAGAACAUGACGCAUCAGUUGCAAGAGAAAAGAAAGGCCAUCGAGGACGUGUCCACCUGUAUCAGCACUGGACUCCAGCAAGUCGAGGAAAACCGGAAGUCUGUUACCAAUGAAAUAAAGAAAUCCAUCUGUACCUUGAUUAUGGAGAUCAACAGGAAAGGAAAGAUUCUGGUGAACCAGCUUGAGGCUCUGACUAAAGACCACGAGGUGGGUUUGAAAAAGCAGCAAGAUGACGUCAACUCUCUGAGCCGGCACCUAGACCACGUCAUCAACUUCACUAAAUGGGCCACAGCCAGCCAUAGUGGAACAGCCCUGCUGUACUGCAAGAGACUGAUCCUUUUCCAGAUCCAUUACCUGAUGAGAGCAAGCUGUAAUCCCUCCAUCGUCCCUCAGAGUUCUGUUCGCUUUCAGUGUCGCUCCGGUUUCUGGGCCACAAAUGUCGACCUUGGUUCUUUGGUUGUAGAAAGAGGCCAGGGCCGGCCACCCAUCCCCAACCACCCGGCAGGUCCCAGAGCAGAAGCGCCCCCUGGAGGUCUUUCCGUCUCAGCUCAGCAGCGACAGAGCACCUUGGCUCAGCUGCAGAUGCAUGUGGAUAAGCUUGCCCAGCAACCCAACCGACAGCCCCCCCCUAACCACUGGUCCUGGUACCAAAAUGUCAGGGUCCCGGGACAACCCGGCCCUCCACCCCAAACCAGACCCAUCCACGGAGGGUCCUCCCCCUCCCAAGGCCCUCAAAGCUUGGGACAGCCCGGGCGCAGAUACGGAAGCUCUUACCCCAACCCUAGAAGCCCCACAUCAUCCAUGCUACACAACACAGGAUUCCCCCCUGCUCAGUCUCUGAGAGAUCUGAUCCAUAGCUCCGGCUUCCCACCGAAACCCAUGGAUGUGUUGCAGGGUACGUCCCGCUACCCACCGCCUCUGUCUGCAGGAGCAGCGACACAGAUGUCACUACAGCAGCGGGGCCUCACGGAGCCCUCCUUCCUGAAGAGGACUGAGGCGGGUGGAUCUGUCCCCUCCAUCACCAUCUCUAUUCCCAAACCCAGCUUCGCUCCAAGUCUAGCUUCAGCAACCACAGAUAAAACAAGCACAUUUAAUCACACAGCAGUUCUAGCAAGGCAGAACUCCCCAAUGGCCAAACCAUCGUCCUCAGACAGAGGCACAGGGACGACUUCCUGGAGGCAGAGCUCUGAGCCUCCAUCUGCCCCCCAAGCCAAGCGACGAAGAAGGUCGUCCCCAGGGCCCGUCAUCGUCAUCAAGGAUGAACCAGAGGACGAGGAUGAUGUUCGAUUUGUGCAGUCCAGCGUAGGCUCCAGCCUGCCGGACAGCAGCACCGGGGGUCAGUCAAAGCCUCGGCCGCAGCUAAAGGCACCUGCACCAGACCCGGUGCCUGCAUCGGAGUCUGGAGCCGAGUCAAGCAGAGCAGUCAAAGAGCAGCGGCCGCAGCCCGCAGCGCAGCCCGAGUCUGAAAAGAGAGCGGAGCCGGAGGAAGACCCCAAUGAGGACUGGUGCGCCGUCUGUCAGAACGGGGGGGAACUGCUCUGUUGCGACAAGUGCCCCAAAGUCUUCCAUCUGGCCUGCCACAUUCCCGCUCUGAAUGAGUCCCCCAGUGGGGAGUGGUUCUGUUCGCUCUGCCGAGACCUCGCCUCCCCGGAGAUGGAGUACGACUGUGACAGCAAGGACGACCCCGUCUGUGAAGGGUUCCCACCCACUGGCAGGAGGCGGUGUGAGAGGCUGCUGCUACGUCUGUUCUGCAAUGACUUCAGCACUGACUUCCAGCAGCCCGCUACUCCAUCAGAGACGAGACGUUACAAAGAGCUGAUCAAGACCCCGAUGGAUUUGUCAAUUGUCAAGAAGAAACUGGAGUUGAAGUCGCAGGAAGGUCAAUGUUAUAACGGUCCAGAGGGGUUUGUCGCAGACGUCCGGCUCAUAUUCUUCAACUGUGCAAAAUACUACAAGGCGACCUCCGAAGUGGGGAGUGCAGGCUUGUACUUGGAGGACUACUUUGAGGAGCAGUUGAAACUAGUCUACCCGGAUAAGGUGUUCCCCGGAGGGAGGGAAGAACAGAUGAUCCCUCCCCUCGAGGAGGAGAUAGAUGAAGAGGAAGAGAUGACGGCGCAGGGCAUGGCUCCCAUGGAAGACGAUAAACCACAAAGUCCCGCGGGAACAGGAAUCCCGCCUGUGGAAGAAGACUUGCCGGCUCUGGAAGAAGCAACAGCCCCUGCAGAGGAGGAAAGGUCAGAAACGGAGGAGAAGGUGGUUGAUGCGAGUGAAAAGGGGAUGGAGGCAACAACAGCAGCAGCAGCAGCAGCAACAACAACAGCAACAGCAGCAGCAGCAGCAGCCACUGCCACCGAGGGAGAUGCACCUUCUGCAGAGGAGGCAGAGGAGGCAGAGGAGGCAGAGGAGGCAGAGCAGGCAGAGGAGUCAGAGCAGGCAGAGGAGAUUCCUGUGAAGGAGAUGGAAAGCUCUCCAGCUGCUGUUGGUGAGACAAAAGAAGAAGACCCUCCCAAAUCCCCGAAAGAGGAGAGCCCUGAGCUCCCCACACAGACGCCUGUGGGGAGCCCUGAACUCCCCACAGAGACGCCUGUGGAUGCGCCUGAAACCCAGGAGGAGUCCGCUCCUGCAGACACGGCCAAAGAGGAACAGGGAUAGAUGACAGCCGAGAGAAACUGUAGACAAGAUGGAUGAUUCCAGUCUUCCGCAGAAGUGGCCCCAGUGGGGACCGACAUUUGCUGCAAUCAGACAUUUAUUUUGGUAAUGUGUUAUAUUUGCAUUAGGAAAGAAGUGCUGCUAAGCUAAAUAGACUUAUUUAGUAGCAGUCAUGCAGUAGAUGCACAAUGAAGGGAGUAAAUAAGCUUUUUUUUUUUUUUUUUUUUGCUGGACUGAGGUUACAAUUUUACUGUAACAUGGAUUGUUAUUUUCUGUAAUGAUAUAACUGAAAAGCACACAAAGAUAUUCUUAGUCAUAAAAUAAUUUAACAAAGCCAACAUCAUAAAAAUAAGAAAAAAAAUGUGUGAUUAGUAAUGCAUGCAAGUCUUGAUGUAAAUAUUAAUGACUCCAUUUUCCUGUUUAUAAGCUUUGGCUAUCUUGCACUAGCCAUUUGGCUCAUGAACAAAUUACGUUUUAUUGCAAUAGUAUUUUUUUUUAAAUUUUGUUAGUAUUGUAUUAAAGGACAGUUCUAUGUACAAAAUAAAUUGAAUUGUGCUGCUUGGAUAUUUUAGAACAAACUUAUUUAAAUUCUCAACGUUUUGUCAUAAAGAUCCCUUGUUUUUAUCAGGAGAACACUGCUUCAGACUUUACUGUUCGCACUCUUAGAUAGUUCAGAGACAUAAUAAUCACCUCAACAUCAGCCUCUGACAACAGUGUGUGUUCUCCAAAUUGUGUCCUUGCCCUUCUGCAGCAUGAUUACGUUUGUGUAAGAUUAGGCCUAAGCCUUGUGGUUUUAGCUGGGUUCCCUCACUGAAAGCAAUGGAAGUGUGCAGUUAGACCCAAAGAACAGAGGCUUCACUUAACGAAACCUUUCUGGAGCUCACAUGGCGUCAAACUCACACUUCAGCGUCAGUGUAAAUCACUUUGUCCAAUAUUAACACUUUUAUUAUUUAUUGAGGAUACACAGGACCUGUAAAUGAACUCUGCAAACAAUGUUAUUACCUGCAUUUACAAUAUUUGUAAUAAACAGGUUUAAAUGUA